CUUUUUUUCAGUUACAUUUCAUAUUUAUUUCCCUUUCACCCUUUCUUUUUUUUUCCUACUUCUUUUUAUUAAAAAAAAAAAUGGGUAAAUUCAGUUUAGAGAAGCAAACAUACGAGGUUCCUGGUAGCAGAACUCCUGGACAAACUGGUAUUUAUCGUAAUGCUCAACGUCCUGUUGUUGAAGAAUCAUUUUCUCCUAAAGUUAGAUCUAUAAUUGAUAUUUUCAAUAAUGGCUUAAAAAUUUCAAAGGAUCGUCCUUGUGUUGGUGUUCGUUCUAUUAAGAAUGCUCAAACAGGUGAAAGAGGUCCUUAUGUCUGGCAAACCUAUCGUCAAGUGAAUCAUCGUCUUACAAAUUUUGGUUCUGGUCUUUUAAAUUAUUUGAAUCAUAAUAUGAAUGAAAACCGUACUCAGAAUAUUCCUAUUGGUAUUUGGUCUGUGAAUCGUCCUGAAUGGACAAUCACUGAUUUAGCUUGUGCAGCUUAUUCUCUUUAUACUGUUGCACUUUAUGAUACCUUGGGUCCUGAUACAGUUGAAUAUGUAAUUAAUCAUGCUGAACUUGAGACAAUUGUCUGUUCUGGAGAUCAUAUUGCUGAUUUGUUAAAAUUAAAGCACAUGUUGCCUCAUCUUAAAACAAUUAUUUCAAUGGAUUCUAUCGAUGAACCUUCACGUCCUGGUAUCGCUUCUAAAAGUGAUAUUAUUAAGGCAUGGGCUACUGAGAAGAAUGUUCAAUUAGUUGACUUUAAUUUUAUAGAAGAUUUAGGCAAGAAGAAUAGACGUUCUUACAAUUACCCUAAAUCUGAAGAUCUGGCCUGUAUUAUGUAUACCAGUGGUACAACUGGUAUGCCAAAGGGCGCUAUGUUGACUCAUGGUAACUUUGUUUCUGCUUUAUCUGCUAGUUAUCAAAGUCUGGGUGGUUCUUCUGAAGAUUCAAGUAUUUCAUAUUUACCUCUUGCUCAUAUCUUUGGUCGUAUUUGUGAUAUGAUCUGUCUCUGUCUUGGUGGACGAUUAGGUUAUUUUAGUGGAGAUAUGAAUUUAAUAGUAGAGGAUAUUCAGGAAUUGAAACCUACUAUCUUUGCUACUGUACCUCGUCUUUUAAAUCGUGUAUAUGGUAAAAUUGUAGCUUCUACAAUAAAUGCUCCAGGCACUACAGGUGCUUUAGCACGUCGUGCCGUUGCUACAAAAUUAGCUAAUUUGGAGGCUGGAAAGGGAUAUACUCAUCCUUUCUGGGACCGUCUGAUUUUUAAUAAGGUAAAGAAGGCGUUAGGUGGUCAAGUUCGAAUCAUAGUGACUGGCUCAGCUCCUAUUGGUAAAGAUGUCAUGCAAUUCCUUCGUAUUGCCCUUUGUUGUGAUAUUCGUGAAGGCUAUGGUGCUACCGAGACCUCUGCUGCCUCUACAAUUCAUUAUCCUAAUGAAUAUAAGGCAGGUCACAUUGGUGCUCCCUUUACCUGUAAUGAAUUGAAGUUAGUCGACGUACCUGAGAUGAAUUACUUGUCUACUGAUCCUUACCCACGUGGUGAAAUCUGUAUUCGUGGUCCCAAUGUCUUUAAGGGUUAUUUCAAGGAUGAAGAAAAGACAAGGGAAGCCCUUGACGACGAAGGUUGGUAUCAUACUGGUGAUAUUGGUAUGAUUAAUGAACGUGGUUGUAUCGUCAUUAUUGAUCGCAAGAAGAAUAUCUUUAAGCUUGCUCAAGGUGAAUACAUUGCUCCCGAGAAGAUUGAAAAUAUUUAUGCCAAGGAUCCUGUUAUUGGACAAAUUUAUUUACAUGGAGAUUCUUUACAAAGCUCCUUAGUUGCUAUCGUUGUUCCUGAUCCUGAUACCUUGGCUUCCAUCGUUCAAACCAAAUUGCCUCAUAUUCAUGCUAAAAAGUUAAGUUUUAUAGAAUUAUGUAAGGUGCCUGAAGUAAACGCUCUUGUCCUUCAUCAAAUGAACAAGGUUGGUAAGAAGGCAGACAUGCGUGGAUUUGAAUUUGCAAAGGCCAUUUAUUUAGAAUCCGAUCCUUUUACUGUUGAGAAAGAUCUUUUGACACCUACCUUCAAGGUUAAACGUCCUCAAGCAAAGAAAUAUUAUGAAAAGCAAAUUACUGAACUUUAUGAAGUUCUCAACAGUCAAAUUGAACCUGUUAAAGCCAAGCUUUAAUUUUUAUAUACAAACAUACAUUCAUAUAAUACAUACACAUAUAUAAAUAUAUAUUUAUUUAUUUUUCUUUUGUCUAAAACCCGUUAUUUAUUUCUAUAUGACAUAUCAUAUACAUAUUUAUAUGCUACUCCUUUUUUUACUCCUCUCCCCUUUACUUCUUCCUCUUCUCCCCCUAC